UUGUGUACUGUUGGUCAUCUGUGACCGGAGGAGAAAUGCUUGAUCUCUAACCCAGACACCAUGAAAGCUUGACAUACCGUAAAUGACUGAUCAAGGAAGCUGAUGCAGACAUGGGUUUCAGUUUAACUCAGAAACCGCUGGUGCCCGGAUAUGCGCUCUGUUUGGACCUUUGUUUGCGUGUAGCAUGAGAGUAAUGACAAAGGGCAAUGCAUUGAUUGUGUGUGUGACAGAUGGGCUUUUGUGUGAAAUGUACGUCUCACCGCCGACAUGACCUCCAGCGUCACACGUAGAGGAGUGCAGCGCGUACGGGUGGGAGUUGUCUGGAGAAACGCAUUGUUGUGUUGGGGGAUGAGCAGUCGGUAGUGCUGCUGCUGUUACUGUGCUAUUUGCCUCCUGGUCGACUUUGGCUAGCGAGUGACUCUAACUUAUGAAUGGUCCACAAAGCAGAUGACUGUGUGUUCUCUGUAGAUUUGAAAACCGAAACUUCCCAGGCACCAAAAACAGGCCUCUUUCUCUCUUUCUCUCCACACUACCCGCCCGUCGGAUGAGAACAGUGUGUACGGAUAUAGAGCCACUUAGCAGGCCAUAUCGCCAUUGCUUUGUAAGGCUGCCUUGCUACCGUCUUCUUCAACUAGCGAAACUGUUCCAACCGAGCAACACGGAGCGGCAGCAUGAAGAAGAAAGCUCGGCAGCACCGGGCUGCGGUGCCACAGAGGCCGCCGUCUCCCAUCAAGCCUUCCCCCAACAAGCAGAUCUUGACUUACGCGCAGGCGCAGCGCAUGGUGGAGUUCGACAUCGACGGGCGCCUCCACCGGGUCAGCAUUUACGAUAAGCUGGACGUGAUCUCUGACGACGACCCCACGGUGCAGGAGAUGAUGGAGUGCACCAGCAAUAAGGAGAACGCCGAGAAACCGCAGCAGCAAGUUCUCCUGCGGUCGGUCACUAAAAACAACCAGGAGAAGAGAAAUGCAGCGCUCGGGAUCACCAGUCCUGGAGAGGGUGUAGGACAAAAUACUGGCGUUAAUGCCGGUCCAAAGCUUCCAGAGCCUAAAUUUCGUACGGUGGAAUAUAAUCGCCCGGCGGUUCCUAAGCGUCCAGCUGUGUUUUAUAAAUACAUAGAAAAGACGGAGGAAGAGCUGGACGAGGAAACGGAGUAUGACAUGGAUGAGGAAGACUACGCCUGGCUGGAUUUGGUCAAUGAGAAACGAAAAAGCGAAGGAGUCAGUCAGGUCUCUUAUAAUGUUUUUGAGUUUCUUAUCGACCGCUUUGAGAAAGAGUUAUACCUGGAGAGUCUGGAUCAAUGCAGUGAAAGUCAUGUUCCUGUUGACGAGGACGCGGUCUGCUGCAUCUGCAUGGAUGGAGAGUGUCACAACAGCAACGCUAUCCUAUUUUGUGACAUGUGCAAUUUGGCUGUGCACCAGGAAUGCUAUGGUGCCUACAUUCCUGAGGGCCAGUGGCUCUGCAGACACUGUCUCCAGUCACCAAACCAGCCUGCCGACUGCAUACUUUGUCCCAAUCAGGGCGGAGCGGUAAAAAAGACAGAUGAUGACCGUUGGGGCCAUGUAGUGUGUGCCCUCUGGGUGCCUGAGGUUGGCUUUUCAAACACCACCUUCAUCGAGCCCAUCGACGGCGUCAGCCACAUUCCUCCAGCUCGCUGGAAGCUCACCUGCUACCUCUGUAAGGAGAAAGGCGUUGGGGCUUGCAUCCAGUGUCACAAAGCAAACUGUUAUACGGCCUUCCACGUCAGCUGUGCCCAAAAGGCCGGCCUCUUUAUGAAGAUGGAGCCGAUCAAAGAAGUGACUGACUCAGGAGAUCCUACGUUCUCUGUGAAAAAGACAGCCUACUGUGGAGCUCACACGCCUAACGGGUGUAUAAGGAGACCACUUACAAUCUAUGAUGAUGCCAAACCCAAAAAUGGACUAUGUAAAAAAGGUGGAGGUGUUGGUAAAGGGCAGUCAAAAGGAAAGAAGAAGAGUAAGAGUAAGAAGCCUGAGCCUGAGCCUGAAAGUGAAAAUGCAGGCCAUGUUAGUGUGCCUACAUUUCCUGCUCACAGGUUACAAACCAUUCUGAACCAGGUGUCAGUUCAGAAGAAGAAAGCCUUUGUGGAGCUGGUCCUGAAUUACUGGACGCUUAAGAGGCAGUCCAGGAAUGGGCUUCCCCUCAUCAGGCGCCUCCAGACAAGCCUGCAGUCUCAGAAGAAUGCGCAAGCGGUUUGUUUGUCUAGGCAGAACGAGGAGGAGAGCAGGGCACUGAAGGACCAGUUGAAGGAAUGGCAUCGUCUCAGACACGACCUGGAGAGAGCCCGUCUGCUGCUGGAGCUGAUCCGCAAGAGGGAGAAGCUAAAGAGGGAGGAGAUCAAACAGCAGGAAACCCUCCUGGAGAUGCAGCUGACUCCUUUCAGUAUUUUGCUCCGGGCCCUCUUGGACCAGCUCCAGUCGAAAGACCAGGCCAAGAUCUUCACCCAGCCGGUCGAUGUCAGCGAGGUGCCCGACUACCUCGACCACAUCAAGCACCCGAUGGACUUCUCCAGCAUGCGGCAGCGCAUCGACGCACAGGGCUACAACAACUUGGAGCAGUUUGAGAGCGACUUCAACCUCAUCGUUGAUAAUUGUAUGAAGUAUAACUCAAAAGACACGUACUUUUACCGGGCUGCCGUCCGCCUCCGAGACCAGGGCGGGUCUCUGCUUCGAAAAGCCAGAAAAGAUGUGGAGAAAAUCGGCUUUGAUUCGGAGAGCGGCAUGCAUCUGUCGGAAGCGCCUGAAAUGAAAGUGACGCCAUCGUUUUCUUGGGAGGACGUGGACCGCCUACUAGUGCCAGCCAAUCGGGAGCAUCUUUCUCCGGACAAGCAGCUGCAGCAUCUCCUGGAGAAGUUUGAUCUGACCUGUGCCAUGAAGUCCAGCCCGUCCCGCAGCAAGCGCCUCAAGCUGCUCAAGAAGACCAUCAACGACGUGCGCAACGAAAUGAGCCUGAAGAGAGUCCAUCCCUCCCACCAUCACCAUCGCUCUUCCUCCUCGACUCCCUCCACGUCGGCGUCAUCGUCAUCAGCUUUACCCCACCCACCAGAGUCGAGGAAACCUAAAGAAGAGAGACUGGAGGCCAAUGGACAUUUUCUAGAUGAUGAGGCAGACAAGUCUCUCCCUCCUAAACUGGAGCUGUCAGACUCCAUCCCUCCCCUCAUCCACUCAGACGCACACCCCGAGCCGCCCACCCUCAAACCCAUCGACGCCGCUCCAGACUGUGAGGACAAGACUCACAGCAAGUGCGUCAAAUUCGACCGAGAACUACCAGACCUUCUUUCCCCCGCUCACCGCCUCAACGGUUUCUCCCACGAUAGCCUCCAGGACUCCCUUCUGGACGGAGACGUGAGCGUGGUGGCCACGUCGACCCUCGCCGAGCCCACGGGCACGGUUAACCGCCGGACCGCUGUGCUGUUCUGCAAAUCAAAGACCACAAGUCCGCACAAGCCUGCCAGGCCCGGGGACGAAGGCGCCGAGGGAGCCGCCGGGAAAGAGGGCGACGAUGAAGAGGGGGAGGAAGAUGAAGAAGGCGCACAGCUGGGCUCCAAGUCCUUCCUGUCAGUGGUCAUACCGCGGCUGGAGACGCUUCUUCACAGCAAGAAGAGGAAGCACAGCGGCGGCGGAGACAGCGAGGAAGAGGGAGGAGAGGGAGAGCGUGAAGAGGAGGGAGAAUCCCCUGUGAAACGGCUCGACACUGGUUUGUCGAGGGGUUUCCUAGAGAUGGAAGAGGAGAGGGAACUAGAACACUCCAGCAGAGCGAGUCGACCCGUGGAGCCAAGAAGACGCUGCGCCUCCGAGUCUUCCAUCUCAUCAUGUAGCAGUCUGCAAGGCAGCACCAGCACUAUUCUCAGUCUUCCAAAAUGUGGGAAGGGAAAACCCGCCUUGGUCCGGAGAAACACUGUGGAUGAUAAGAGCGAGUUAAUCGCCUGUAUCGAAAACGGGAACUUUGCGAAAGCUGCAAGAAUUGCUGCCGAGGUUGGCAACAGCAAUAUUUGGAUGCCCGCUAGUGCUGCAACAGUUGCAUUGGAACCGCUAAAGCUAGUUUGGGCCAAAUGUAGUGGAUACCCUUCCUACCCUGCCUUGAUCAUCGACCCCCACAUGCCGCGCAUGGGCUGCCAGCACAACGGGGUGUCCAUCCCCAUGCCCCCCAUGGACGUGCUCCGCAUCGGAGAGCAGAUGCAGUACAAAGCCGAAGAGAAACUCUACCUCGUCCUCUUCUUCGACAACAAGCGCAGCUGGCAGUGGCUUCCUAGAUCCAAGAUGGUUCCUCUUGGAAUGGACAAGACCAUCGACAAAAUCAAAAUGAUGGAAGGACGCACAUCCAGCAUCCGCAAGGCCGUCCAGAUUGCCUUCAGCCGGGCCAUGAACCACCUGAGCAUCGUGCAGGACGAGCCAGUCAGCGACCUCAGCGACGUGGACUGAUGCUGACACUCUACCCUCACCCAAACAGACACACACACACACACACACACACACACACACACACACACACACACACACACACACACACACACACACACACACUUGUACCUCUCCUCUACCAAAUACCUUCCUCUCCCCUCCUGUCUUUCCGUCUCUGCAGGAGACUCUAAUGUUUACUUGGCACCUGCUGUAACAGGUGGUGCCUCUUGCUCAUCCGUUCCUACCUGCACACACUCCUACCCUGUGCCGAUAGGAAAAAGGCUGCUGCUGAAAACGAAUGUGUCCAACUCUCCUCCGCUUUUUCCCCGGAUUUGUAACUGUGCUAAGAGACGACUCCUUUUAUCCACACUCCACUCCCUCGCGACACCAAUCAUGACUUUCAUUUAAUUUCAUCAUUUCAAGGCAAGAAAUGUGAGCUACUCAUUUCUUUACUUUGGUCAUUUUUUUUUACCAAAUGUGUUUGUUUUCCCACUGCGUUAUUUUGGCAGGUAGCCAAACAUCAUUUCUGUGUUACGACACAUACAGUAGCUGGUGAAGUGACUGAAAUGAACACAAUUGUACUCUUUGAGCCUACAAGAAGGCUUUUUUAGUUAUAUUGAAAUUAUGGCUGUCAGCAUUAAUGCAUUAAUCAUGAUGUGAUUAGACUCAAACAUUAAUGGUAUGCUAUUUUGUCCCUUGAGGUGCACCGUAGAUAAGUUUCCACAGUGUCUCCCUACAGUCGCAGUGAUGGAUAAGAACGACACCACAGCGCCUUUGAAUGUCUCAUUUCACUUAAAAAAAAAAAACUCUCAGACAGCUCAGCUGACAAAUCAAAAGUCAUAACCAACAUAUGAAAUCAAACAUUAUACUUUUUUUUUUUAUCGCUAACAGAAGUUCUUCAUUUUUCUUUCAAAAUAAAAGCAGGUUUGCAUCCAAACAGGAUGUAAGUUAACCUUGAAUGAAGACAGUCGAACAAUUCAAAAUAAAAGCAUAGCAAAAACUGUUUUGAAAGGCAAAAUAAUUAUUUCAAACAUGUGAUAAAAAAAAAUUAAAUGAAUCGAGAUUAACUAUGAAAAUGACGUGAUUAAUCACGAUUCAAAAAAAAAGUUUAAUCGUUUGACUGCCCUAUAAUCAAUGCAUUUGUAGCCAAAGCCUGCGUUUCUGUCAGUGUCACAUUAACUUACUGGUCCUCUCCAUUUACAAAAAAAACAACCUUAUUUUGUAUUUAAACUGUAAAUAAAUCUGUACAGUUGCCUGACACUAACUUAUUUUGUACUUUUUACAUAAAUGGGUCUUGUACAGUUUUUUUUCAAGUAUUUAUACUCGACACACAUUCUUGGCACUAAGGAGUAAGUGCUAUGCUGACAGUGCUGUAUGAUCAAGAAGGAUACAAAUGUGUAAAAAGCCUUAGUAUUCAGGAGAUUAGGGCUACAAUGUCAUGUUUCUGAACCGGGGGGGUGGAAAUAAUCCCUGUUUGGAUUUUUAAGUUAUUGAAGUUCAUAAUCGUACGCUUCCAUUUGGCAUUAAUCCUUUUUGUAUUAAAAACCUGUUUUUUGAUAUCUUUUUGUUCAUUUAUAUAUUUAUAUGGUUUGAAUACACGGUAAUACAGUAUAUAAAUAAAUAAAUAUAUAUAUAUAUGUUUCUGAAGCUCAUACAAGGCAGACUGAUGUUUGUGAACACAGAACGUUUAUUGUUCUCAUGAAAACCAAAAAUGUUGCUACCCAGGCGUUUGCGCUGAUUACUGAUUUCCUGUGAUGUGCAAAAAAUGUUGCCAAAAAAAAGUACAAAAAAAGGAGUGUAUUUUUAAGUGAAACAUUUGACUGUUACCUGGUUUUGAUGUAGUCUUAGGGAGGUGUGCCUGUGUUAACUUAUUGUACAUUCAAGGAAAGACUUGCAAACUUGAUUGUGGUAAAGUGGCACAUUUUGUGGACGAUACUUUGCCUUCUUUUUAAGUAACCCUUUUUCUAACUCUUUUGUAGUUUUAGACUUCAAGACAUUUCAUUUUAUACGAUACCUAUUUUCUUCUGGGUAGCAUUGGGUAGUUUUUGGUAUAUUUCUUUUUGUACUUCAAUGUAGUCGUUUUUCUUUUCUUUCUUUUCUAUCAGGUCAUACAAAAUUUGCUGGGACUGUUUUUGUAGUAAAUAAAAGAAUAAAGAUGCAAAUUUGAUAA